UGGACGAGAACCUAGAACGCCAUUUUCAGAGAGCGGAUGCGAGAAACCUGCUGUUUCGCCUUUCAAACAACCGCGUGCUGCAUCUUACGGUCCCCAACCCCCUAGUUAGAAUCAGCUAUCAACUUCACUUGCUACCUACCAGCUGCUCCAUACUUGAACACGGCCCGCUCUGCUCGAACGAGUUAGCAGUUACUAGUACUGCUGCCCAGGAAGUCACCACGCGGCAUCGCACGCUGUCACGUGCAAUUCACACUUCCAGCCAUGGCUUACCAAACGACUUGCUGCAGCAGACUAGCUGUAUCUGCCGAGGCUGCUGGCGUCAUUCUCCCGCUCGCCACGUCAGCACGCUCUCUGAACCUCCGCCGCUCGCUUCUUUCCCCAGACUUUCCCUGCGCCGUCGCUCCGCGCAUAGCCGCCUCCGCCCCCGCUCGGCGCGCUUCAGCUUCCCCACGCGCGUCUCAGUCUUCCGCCGACGCCGCCACCCAUCCCUCCGCCACUGAUUCUGCGGAAUCCUCGGAAGCAGCCGCGCGGGAGGCUGCCGCGCUAGAGGCCGCUGCCGCGCGCGUUAUCACCCUCUCGAGCCGCGGAGAAUUCGAGCGGCUUAUGGCGGAAGCGAAGGACAAGGGGCAAUUAGCAGUAGUGGAGACAACUAUGUCUACCCUCCCAAACACCCAACGGAUUUACGACACACUCGUGGAAACCGCGCGGAUGUUUCCGAACGCGGUUUUUCUGCGCAUUCUCGCGGACAAGGGCGCGGAGCUGCGCGUGCUGGCGGAGAGCAUGCGGUGUGCGCGCGUGCCGUCGUACGUGCUGUUCCGCGAGGGGCAGCGCGUGCACGAGGACGCGGGGAUGGAUGCGGAGCGGCUGCGCGCCGAGCUGCUAUAUUAUUCCGCGGAGGGGCCCGUGCUCGAGGUGCACUCCGCGGAAGAAUAUCGCGCGCUUAUCGAGACUCACGCCAACACCGACAUGCUGGUGGUGAUCGAGGCAACGCUCGCCUUCUGCGGUCCGUGUGUGCGCAUCCACCAGACCGUGCUCAACCUCUCCCACCGCAUGGCCGGCCACGCCGUCUUCGCCCGCUUCUUUGGAGACUCAGCGGACUGCACUCGGGAGCUGAUUAGAGACCUAGGGGUGCUGGAGGCACCCACGUUUCUGUUCUACAGGAGAGGGGAGCUGCUGGGGCGGUAUGUGGGGUCGGGCAGGGGGGAACUGGUGGGGGAGAUUCUCAAGCACCAAGGGGUGGCUGUCAGCUGAGGAUUUGGGUUUUCUAGUAUUGCUAGAACGGUUGAAAUGGGUGCUGGGGUUGGGAGAGGGGAGCUGCUGGGCCAGUCUCUGAUCACGGGAGGGGGGGAAACUGGCGAGCGAGAUAAGCAAGCACCAAGGGAUGGCUGUGAGCUCAUGAAUUGGAUUUCAUCAUAGUCUUGCUACAAGGGGUGGCUAUGAGCUGAUGGCCCGGGAUUCGUUGUCUUUCUAAAGGGUUCAUUAUUUGGGAAGCUGAGGGUAGGAGAGGGGAAUUGUGGGUGUCAGACAGGGCCCAAAAUUGGUUUUGGGCCUCCCUUUGAAAUCAGGGUCGCCCCACAAAAAUACCCUGUUGACCAGGGAACCAAACGUUUCAGGGUAGAAUUUUUGCAGCCCUGUUUACACAGGGCAUUUUUAUAACCACCCUGUUGGUCCAUUGACAACAAUAGGAAAAGUGUUCAUGAAACAUUAUAAGUUGUCUAUCUGGGAUCUUUCAUUUUGAAGUUAGAAUGCGCAGGAGCCUCG